AUGGCUCCAGGCGGCGCUGGAAAUAUUAAGGUGGUGGUGCGAGUGCGGCCUUUCAACAGUCGAGAAAUCGAACGAAACGCAAAAUGUAUCGUGGCAAUGAAAGGAAACCAGACCGUGCUCACCCCACCACCCGGCGCAGAGAAUAAAUCAAGCAAAGGCGGGAAGGCCGCUGGUGAAGGCAGCAAAACCUUCGCCUUUGACCGGUCAUACUGGUCUUUCGACAAGAAGGCAUCGAACUUCGCCGGCCAGGAUGACUUGUUCGACGACCUAGGCUCACCACUCUUGGACAAUGCUUUUGGAGGUUACAACAACUGUAUCUUUGCCUAUGGCCAGACCGGUUCGGGAAAGUCAUAUUCAAUGAUGGGUUAUGGCAAAGAAUACGGUGUGAUUCCACGGAUCUGCCAAUCCAUGUUCGAGCGAAUCACGGCGAUCCAGGCAGAUAAGAAUCUCAACUGCACUGUUGAGGUUUCCUACCUCGAAAUCUACAAUGAGCGAGUGCGCGAUCUGCUCAACCCGUCAAAUAAGGGUAACCUCAAAGUUCGUGAACAUCCAUCGACUGGACCCUAUGUCGAGGACCUGGCAAAACUUGUCGUGGGGUCCUUCCCGGAAAUCGAAAAUCUCAUGGACGAGGGUAAUAAAGCCCGAACGGUGGCUGCGACCAACAUGAACGAAACAUCAAGUCGAUCACAUGCUGUGUUCACGUUAACAUUGACCCAAAAGCGGCACGACAAUGAGACUUCCAUGGACACCGAAAAGGUAUCUAAAAUCAGUUUGGUCGAUUUGGCUGGUUCAGAAAGAGCAAAUUCGACUGGUGCCACAGGCGCGAGACUGAAGGAGGGUGCAGAGAUCAAUCGCUCACUUUCAACACUUGGUCGUGUCAUCGCCGCGCUUGCUGAUGUUUCAGCCGGGAAGACAGCGGCCGGCAAGAAGAAAAAUGCCUCCAUGGUACCUUAUCGUGACUCUAUCCUAACAUGGCUGCUUAAAGAUUCCCUGGGUGGUAACUCCAUGACUUCCAUGAUUGCAGCCAUCUCCCCUGCCGACAUCAAUUGGGAGGAAACCCUGGGUACGCUCCGAUAUGCCGACUCCGCCAAACGAAUCAAGAACCAUGCUGUGGUGAACGAAGACCCAAAUGCACGCAUGAUUCGUGAGCUGAAGGAGGAACUCGCACAACUCCGUUCCAAACUUGGGGGUGGGGUAAUACCUGGAGCAGGCGGCGCUGCAGGUCAACCGGGUGCUCCUGCAGAGGAGUAUUAUCCGCCUGACACCCCUCUGGAGAAGCAAAUGGUCUCUAUUCAACAGUCUGAUGGAACUGUCACCAAAGUCAGCAAGGCAGAGAUCGUCGAGCAACUAAACCAGAGCGAAAAGCUCUACAAAGAUCUCAAUCAGACCUGGGAAGAGAAGAUGAUAAACACCGAACAAAUCCACAAAGAACGUGAGGCUGCCUUGGAGGAGUUGGGUAUCAACAUCGAGAAGGGUUUCAUUGGAUUGAGCACACCCAAGAAAAUGCCCCAUCUUGUCAACCUCAGUGAUGAUCCUCUCCUAGCAGAAUGCUUGGUUUAUAACAUCAAGCCUGGCACCACCACUGUGGGGCACAUGGAUCAAGCUCAAAACGUCGAGAUCAGGCUGAAUGGGUCGAAGAUCUUGGAAAAGCACUGCACCUUUGAGAACGUUGACAACAUUGUUACCAUUGUUCCCACGGAAGGAGCCGCGAUCAUGGUGAACGGUCUGCGCGUCGAUAAACCCACUCGGCUUCGCAGUGGCCACCGCAUCAUCCUUGGCGAUUUCCACAUUUUCCGAUUCAACCAUCCCCAAGAAGCCCGAGCUGAGAGAGUGGAACAAAGUCUACUCCGCCACUCUGUAACGACAAGUCAGCUUGGGUCGCCGGCGCCAAACAAGACUCAUGAUCGGAAUUUGAGUAAAACGGGAUCUGAAGUGGACGGCGAUUCAAGUCGGGCAGACUCACCGAUGCCCUCGCAGCGUAGCCGCGAAUCAGAUUGGUUCUUGGCCCGCAGGGAAGCUGUGAGUGCGAUGGUUGGACCAGACCAAAUUUCGCAUCUACCUGAUGAUGAACUAGACACACUCUUGGAGGAUGUGCAGAAGGUCCGAGCGGGUCGUCGUGGGUUGCCGGAUGAGGACGAUUCCGACUCUCUUAGCUCUUUCCCGAUUCGCGAUAAAUACAUGUCCAACGGGACGAUUGACAAUCUUUCCCUAGACACAGCUAUAACAAUGCCAAGCACGCCUCGACAAAACGAGGACGAAGAUGUCAACGGUGUUGCAUCGUUGUUCCAAGCCCGUCAGGAUAUGCAGAGACAACUGGAUCGCCGCAAAGAAGAAUUCCAAGAGAAGCUCAAGAAGGUCGAGGCUUCGGUCGAUCCAGAUUCACCCGAAUUAAGUACGGAGAAAGAGCGAAUGGAACACGCUUUGCGAACGGCCAAAGAAGAGUUUGAAGAGCAACUGCGCCAGCAGAAAGAGUCAUUCGAGACUCACAUUCGAGACAUGGGUCAACCGGUCCCAAAGAUAUUCGAGAACGGUUUCGCCAAAUUGGACGAGCGUGAACUUGAGAUUGCGCGUUCGGUGUACAGCCAUUGGUCCCAGCGCAAUUAUGUGCGAAUGGCGGAGACAGUUCUCCAGCAUGCUUCGCUUCUGAAAGAAGCACAGGUCAUGAGUCACAUCAUGGACAAGAAUGUUGUCUUCCAAUUUGCAGUCAUUGACCACGGUCACAACAUGGAGUCCUCCUAUGACCUUGUCCUGAAUGGGAUCUCUGGUGACGAAGACAUCAUUUUGGACGAGGAAAAGAAGCCCUGCGUUGGCGUUCGGGUCAUCGAUUAUAAACAGAGUGUGGUUCGACUGUGGUCGAUCGAAAAACUCCGGCGUCGGCUUCAAGCCAUGCGACAGCUGCACCAAUACAUCGACCGACCGGACUAUAUCCAGCACUUCAGACUCGACAAUCCUUUUUCAGAACCUUGCUCACCUCAAUAUUCCCUGGUGGGUGACACCGAUAUUCCUUUGACGGCUGUCUUCGAAACUCGUGUCCAAGACUUCUCUGUUGAGGUCACUUCACCGUACACUCAAAAUGUCGUGGGCAUCAUUCGACUAUCCCUCGAGCCGUCAUCUGCUCAAGCUCCAUCGUCCACACUGAAAUUCAACGUCGUCAUGCGGGACAUGAUCGGGUUUGCGGAAUGGGAAGGAUCUGGAGUACAUGCUCAGCUAUUCGUCCCAGGGAUUUCCGAAGAAGGAGGUGCAACCACCACUCAGAUGAUUAGUGGAUUUGAAGACGGCCCCGUUCGUUUUGAAAGUGUACACAGUAUGAGUCUACCGCUAUCAAGUCCACGGACAGCGGCAUUGAAGGUCUGUGUCUAUGCGGGUGUCACCUCGGUCCACCUUGACAAGCUUCUUAGCUGGGAUGAUAUGCGAGACUCGGCAGAGCCUGUUCCGCAGAAACGUACCGCCCCUCGCAUCCCUGAGUCUGAAUUCUAUUCUGAGGAGCGACACGAUGUUUUCGCGAGAAUUCAGAUUCUUGAAAUGGCAGAGUCUGGUGAAUACCUCCCCGUCGAGGUUGUUCAGAACAAUAGUCUUGAUGCGGGAACGUCCCAGCUCCACCAAGGCUUGCAGCGCCGUAUCUCGAUCAAUUUGACAUACAGCUCAACGGAGAGUCUUCCUUGGGAUGAUAUCAACAACAUUCGUGUUGGGUCCGUUCGUCUUCUUGAUCCCUGGGGCAAAAUUCCAGACCAGGACUUCCAAACCCCAGAUGUUCCGCUGAAGUUUGUUCAAGAUCCAAUGGUCAAGGAAAAUGCUGAUGGUACCUCCAUGGUCACCAUCGUGGGCCAAUGGGACUCGAGUUUGCACGGAUCCCUCCUCCUGGAUCGAGUGACUGCCGAGAAGUACAGAGUGCAGGUUACCGUCCGCUGGGAUCUGGUCUCCUCUCGUCUCCAAACCCCAGUUGUGUUCGAGGCCGACCAGACCAUUCAAAUCCAAGGUCGUACUUACGUUCGUCAGCAGUCGAUGUUCAAGCAAUUUUGGAACUCAAUCCGAGUUGUACAUUCGACGACUUGCAUGUACUCCUUGGUCAUUCGUCCGAUUUCAGCUAAGCGCGCUGCUGAUCUAUGGCGCAUGAACACCCAAAAUGACUACGUGAAGGGCGAGGAGCUUCUGGUCGCUUGGUCUCCAAGGAAAGUUUCGCUGGUGCGGGACUACAUUGCCAAUCGCAAGCGCCGGCAGCGUGUGGCUGAGCUCCAUGCCGCGCGAGGUGCGCUCAGUGCGGGCAGCUUGAUCGCAUCACCUGCUCGAAGUGGACUUUCGACUCCAUCGCGCGGAACCCCUCUCAACGAGCGCAAAACCAAACUUCUGCGCAAGUAUUUGGAGUUGUGGUCGCUCAAACAGGACCCUACCGAGAGGAUUCUCGUUCGGAGCAACACCGAACCACCAACAGACGGCGCAGCAAAAAGGCCGACUCCAAAUCCCAACGGCAUCUCUGAUAAGCUUUCCCUUAAGCCUCGUUUUGUAGCCACCAUCCAAACUCUCCCCAAAGCACCCGACGCCUUGAAGACGGGAUACGUGCUCACCCCCGAUGAUACCAACAACGUCUGGGUGCGUCGUUUCGUGGAGCUCCGCCGGCCGUACCUCCACAUUUACUCGGUCCCAGAGGGAGACGAGAUCAACGCUAUCAACCUUCGCAACGCGCGUGUUGACCACGCACCCGAUUUCGCUAGACUGCUAGACGGCUCAGGGGCCGGAUCCGAUCGUUCCCUGUCCACCAAAGGACGACCCAACGUGUUCGCAGUCUAUGGAACGCAGAACACUUUCCUCUUUGCCACUCGCACCGAGGCACAAAAGGUGGAAUGGAUCUUGAAGAUUGAUGAGAGCUAUUUCAACAGCAACAGUCCUAGUGCUGCCACAAGCAGCGAUUGA